UGACGUCCGCGCCGUCCGGCCUGCCGUCCCGACCCCACCCCGCGUCGGGGUGGGGGGCCGCCCGCCCGAUUCCGCGUCCGCGCCAUGCAGAAUGUCAUCAACACGGUGAAGGGAAAGGCUCUGGAAGUGGCCGAGUACCUGACCCCGGUGCUCAAGGAAUCAAAAUUUAAGGAAACAGGUGUAAUCACCCCAGAAGAGUUUGUGGCAGCUGGAGAUCACUUAGUCCACCACUGUCCAACAUGGCAAUGGGCCACAGGGGAGGAAUUGAAAGUGAAGGCAUACCUACCAACAGGGAAACAAUUUUUGGUGACAAAAAAUGUGCCAUGCUAUAAAAGGUGCAAACAGAUGGAGUAUUCAGAUGAAUUGGAAGCUAUCAUUGAAGAAGAUGAUGGUGACGGGGGAUGGGUAGAUACAUAUCAUAACACAGGUAUUACAGGAAUAACUGAAGCAGUUAAGGAGAUUACACUGGAAAGCAAGGACAGUAUGAAACUUCAAGAUUGCUCAGCAUUGUGUGAAGAGGAUGAAGAGGAAGAUGAGGGAGAAGCUGCAGACAUGGAAGAAUAUGAAGAGAGUGGAUUGUUGGAAACAGAUGAGGCUACCCUUGACACCAGGAAAACAGUAGAGGCUUGUAAAGCUAGAGCUGAUGCUGGAGGUGAAGAUGCUAUUUUACAAACCAGAACUUAUGACCUGUACAUCACUUACGAUAAAUAUUAUCAAACACCACGACUAUGGUUAUUUGGCUACGAUGAGCAACGACAGCCCUUAACAGUUGAGCACAUGUAUGAAGACAUCAGUCAAGAUCAUGUGAAGAAAACAGUAACCAUUGAAAAUCACCCUCAUCUCCCACCACCUCCUAUGUGCUCAGUUCACCCAUGCAGGCAUGCUGAAGUGAUGAAGAAAAUUAUUGAGACUGUUGCAGAAGGAGGGGGAGAGCUUGGUGUUCAUAUGUAUCUUCUAAUUUUUUUGAAAUUUGUACAAGCUGUCAUUCCAACAAUAGAAUAUGACUACACAAGACACUUCACAAUGUAAUGAAGAAGGCAGAGAAUCCUAAUUAGUGGCUGUGAUUUUUUUUUUAAAGAAUUAACCCAUAGACAUGACCAUUGACCAUAUUCACCAAUAUGUACAAUUUCUCUAAUAAAAGGACUUACGUUUAUGCAUUAAAUAAUAAAAAUGUUUUACUACCAGCCUUAUUUGUUUAAUAAAAAUGAAUGUAAAGAGA